ACCCCAGCCAGGACUGUGGGCGGUGGAGAGUGCGGGUCGGAGGUGAAGGCGCGAGGCGGCAGCGCCUGGUGCUUGUCUCUGCGCCAUGGCCAAGCAUCAUCCGGACCUCAUCUUCUGCCGCAAGCAGGCGGGUGUGGCAAUUGGAAGACUUUGUGAAAAAUAUGAAGGAUUAAAGGGACCACGAGUACAAUCUCUAAUCUCAUCUCAUGGAGGAUAGUAACUCCAGGCUUUUGUUGAUGUGUCACUGCGUGAGGAGCUUACACUGCUGCUUCUGUGUAGGUGAUGGCAAGUGUGUGAUCUGCGACUCCUACGUGCGGCCUUGCACUCUGGUGCGCAUCUGUGAUGAGUGUAACUACGGCUCCUACCAAGGGCGCUGCGUGAUCUGCGGGGGGCCAGGAGUCUCUGAUGCCUACUACUGCAAGGAGUGUACCAUCCAGGAGAAAGAUAGAGAUGGUUGCCCUAAAAUCGUCAACCUGGGCAGUUCCAAGACAGAUCUCUUCUAUGAAAGGAAAAAGUAUGGCUUCAAGAAGAGGUGAUCCUAUCUGUACAUGGCUACACCUCCUGUUGGGUUGGCAAGAGGGUCUUGGAACAUCUCUGAACUUCACUGUUGUUGAAAAUGGGUUGAUUAUUUCCUUCUAAAGCAGUACAAAUUCAGUAGUAUACUUCGGGUUGGCUAACUCAUGAACUGAGUUACUGAUUAUCAGAAAGAGUAAAUGAGAAUUACUGUCUCUUGCCCUUUCAGAAGGUCUGCUAGUAGCUGCCCCAGCUCACUAGAAAAAUCCUGGGGGGCAUGCACUUACCCAUGGAGGAGACCAGCUUGGUAAAAAGUGAGUGCCCUUCCUGGUGUGGGGAAACACCUUCAAGUUCUUCCUCCCAGGUCUCCUCCCAGUUGUUUGAAAUCGCCCUACACUUCACUGUGAGGGACAGAGCACCAAUCCCUUGUCUGCUCCCCAGCCCUGCUCCCUUUCUCCAGUGUAUUUCCAUGCUGUCCUGUUUUGUAAGGAACCUGCCCAUGGCUGGUGCCUUCCUAGGGAGAGCACAGCUGUUCCAUGUUUUCUUUGACAGAUUAAUCCAAGGCCCUUUCUUAUAACCAUUUCUGUAGGAUGCAUACAAAUAAAGCUGCU